AUGGAGCCAAUAGACCAGGAAUCUCCUGGCAAGGUGCGCAAGAAGGCCUCCGCGCCGCAUCGCAAAUCAUUGUCGUGCGAAUACUGCCAUCGCUCUUUUGCGCGGCUGGAACAUCUCCAACGCCAUCUCCGCACGCAUACUAAAGAAAAACCCUUUUCAUGCGACAUCUGCUCGAAAUCGUUUGCGAGAAGUGAUCUGCUUGUCCGACAUGAGCGUCUAGUGCACCCGACCGAGGCUGCCGCGCAUCGCGGGGAGCGCCGCGUAGCAAAUAAUGAUGCUCAUGACCUUUCAUCGAGUCCGGCAUCCUUGAUCCAGCCUGCGCCGCAUCACGACUCUCGCAUCGUGGACAUGCAUGACUCGGUACCGCCGCAGCAGGUGCCUGGCAUGCAAGUCCACCGUGCUGCGCCGCGGGCUGCCCCUAUUGUAGAGUCAAGUCAAUUUAAUCCUUCUUGGGGCUAUGACCUCAAUUUGCUUUCUCAUGCCGCCAGUCAUGUAGCGCUGGAGAAUCAGCAAGAAUUGGCUCUAGAUGCUGUGCGGAAGCCGCCUCCGCAGGCUGGACCACCAAUGCAGCCGGUGGCACAGGAAAAAGGCAUUGCUGACACUUACGGAGUCGAACCAUCGAUUCUUGAUCUUACUGCUCUUGGAGAUCCAGUCCAAGACUUCACCGUCUUUCUAGAGAGUGUAGGCUUGUCAUCUGACUGGGAUUCCGGCGUCUUCUCAUCAGUGGAGACUGAGCCAUUGCUCCCCAAUGCUCUUCCAUUUGAUUCUAAGCCGGCCAUCCGGGAAUUCGGCCAUCUGAGACUCAAUAAUGACAUACUGAGUGAGCAACGAGGUUCAGCGGAUGAGCCUCCAUCCUUUUCCAACUUCGGAUCACGACUUCCCUCUUUGCAGCCUGAACCCCAGGAAUCCGAAGAACGCACAAGUUUGCUUGAUGAUCCGACAAAUCCACGUCCAGCCUGGGAUAUUUCAAAUUCAGACCGACAACUCUUUGUGAACAGGCUAGAUGAGUUCGCGCAUGUUCUUCCUCGGGGUUUCAUACCACCUUCACGACACGCAUUAUCACGCUUCAUUGCCGGCUAUAUCAAUGGUCUCAAUGAGCACCUCCCCUUCAUUCACGUCCCUACUCUUUCUAUUGUAAAGAGCCCCCCAGAACUGACCUUGGCACUAGCGGCUGCUGGCUCGCAUUAUAGGUUCGAGAACAGCCGAGGGAUUGAAUUGUUUCAUGCAGCCAAAGCAGUCUUAUUUGAGCGCCUUCGCCGGAGGGAUAGCAAACAAACCCCAGUGCCAACAUGGGAUAUUUAUGUCCCCAGUCCGCUCUCCCAAAGAAGUUCGACCAUCACAUCAAACCCUGCGAGUAGUCCCUUCCAGACUCAGAAAUACUCCCUUUCACUCGACCAUAUGAGCUUUGUUAUGGACGAGUCAGAUGCUCACAUGGAAAUAAUCCGCACCUUUCUUCUUCUUACAGUCUUUGCUUCGUGGGAAAGACAGCCGGAAUUGCUCCGAGAAAUUCUCGCGUUACAAAGUACUCUAGCAAGGCUAGUUCGCGAACAUGGACUUACAGAUCCGAAUCUUGUUUCCGAAAACUUGAACUGGGAAGACUGGGUCCGAUUAGAGGGAAACAGACGCACAAAACUGAUUGUCUACUGUUUCUUCAAUCUACACUCUAUCAUGUACAACAUUCCUCCUCUCAUUCUAAAUUCAGAACUUAGGCUGAAAAUGCCCUGUCCACAUGAUGUCUGGAAAGCAAACAAUGCAUCUCAAUGGCGGCGCGUCUACCGUCCUCGCCUUGACUCGACAAUUACAUUCCAAGAUGCAUUCGCAAAGCUAUUUCUCAAGCCAUCACCUUCAAACUCAUAUCCAAUAUCUCCCCUUGGGAAUUAUAUACUCAUCCAUGCUAUCAUCCAACAAAUCUUUUUUGCUCGUCAACUAUGUCUCUCAGCGCCAUUGAUGCAAAGCCAUAGUCUUCGUCCCGAGGAUUCAGCUGUCAUGGAUAAUGCUUUGAAUGCCUGGAAAGCAGGCUGGAAGCAGACACCCGAAUCAAGUAUUGAUCCACAGAACCCUGCUGGCCCCAUUGCAUUUACCUCGACUGCUCUUCUAGGACUGGCAUACAUAAGACUUAAUGUCGAUUUGGGUCCAUGUCGGCACUUGGUAACGCAAGACCCUCUACAGAUUGCCAGGGCUUUGCAAGAGUCUCCCCCCAUUGUCCGUAGCCCCAAGCUUAUUAUGGCUCUUCUUCAUUCUGCCCAUGCUCUCUCUAUUCCUGUACGACUCGGCAUUGACUUUGUGGCGCGCACUCAUUCAUUCUUCUGGAGCAUUCAGCAUUCGCUAUGCAGCUUAGAAUGUGCAUUUCUCUUGAGUAGAUGGUUACUGUCUAUUCCAUUAACUCAGAAUCAGCAAAAGCUUUCAGAGCACGAGCGAAAAUUAUUACUAUGGAUCAAGAGCAUGAUGGACGAAACGGACAUGGCGGUGGCACCAUCCGAUGGCCCUGAUUUGGAUUUCAUACAUGAUCCAUUGAAAGUAAAGCAACUUAGUGUCGCCGUGGUCCGCGUCUGGGCGCGGACUUUCAAGGGCAAUACAAGCUGGGCCAUCGUUGAUCUUGUUGGAUACAGCCUAGAAGCGUACGCAGACCUGCUGGAAAGCUGA